UCCAUCUUUCUUACCAACACCGCCCUGAUGUCCCGUAAGCUCGCACGCAAGCUAGCCUCCAUCCACCUCGCCCGCCGUCUCGCCGCCCGUCCCUCGGCCGAGCAGCUGGUGGAACGCUGUGUGUUGCCGGCUGAGUGCGUUCCUUGUGGGACCAGAAAGACAGUAAUGGUUGCGCCGGCGCUGGUAGCCAAGAAGAGAGCGGUGGAGAGGGAGAGGGUGAAGGAUGGGUUGAGGGGGUGGAUUGGCGAGGUGUGGAUGGGUAGAGUGAAGGAGAGGGAGGGUAAGGUGAGAAAGGAGGAGGAGGAGACCGGGGUGGGGAGGGUUUGGAGGUUGAGAAGGUUUUGGGAGGGGGUUAGUCGAGGGAGAGUUUAGGGGUGUAGGAGGCAGGAUAAGGGAUGGGGAUGGUUUUUUUUUG